GUUUUUUUUCAGAGGCCUUUUUAAUGUUAGAAUUCACCCUCCAUAUCAAUUUAUUUUACUAAUGAAUGCACUAGCAAUGCUUUGCAGUGCUUGCAAUCCUUUACUUUAUACUCUCUUCUCUAGAAGAUUUAGAACAAGAAUAGCAGCUUUACUUUGUCCCUACUCUUUUGCUAAAAAAGUUUCAGCGGUAAAGGCAGGUGCUAGCAGUGUGAUGACAACUAGAAGAGCUUCAAAAUUAUCUCCAACUAUGACGAAUGGGGGUGGAUUGUUAUUGACACAAUGGAGUGGGUUUUUAAAAUUUUUUUAAAAAAUUGUUAGUGAAAAAAUAAUUUUCGGAAAAUUGUUUAAUAAUAUGUAGGAUGAAGCAUAUGUUUAAUAAUAAACCUGAAGCAAGAAUAAAAUAAACUUGAAGCAAAAAUAAAAUAAACUUGAAGAACAACUUGAAAAAAAUAAACUUGAAAUAGUCAAUAAGGAAUAGUUAAAACUUGAAAACUUA